AUGCUCGCCAACGUUUUCUCCAAGGCCGCCAUCCUGGCCCUCGCCACCGCUGCCUCUGCCUCGCCCGUCUCCGUCGAGGGCAGCGACUUCAAGAAGCAGACGCUCGACGCGCACAACUGGUACCGCCACCAGCAUUCAGCCGCGCCGCUGGUCUGGGACGACAAACUGGCCAGCAACGCCGAGUCGUGGGCGUCCCAGUGCUCCUCGGACCCUCGUCACCAGCCCGACAACGAUCACGGCGAGAACAUUGCCUGGGGAACCGUCGGGGGCCCAGACUACCUCUGGGUCAACCUCUGGGGUAAAGAGCGCAUGGACUACAACUUCAGCUCCCCGGGCUUCACCUCAGGGACGGGCCAUUUCACGCAGCUCGUGUGGAAGGGCACCAAGCGCGUGGGCUGCGCCUUGGUCUCGUGUGAUUACGGCACCAAUGUGGUCUGCGAGUACGACCCCCCGGGCAACAUGGUUGGCAACAACAACCAGUACUUCAAGGACAAUGUCGGCCGCCAGAUCGAGGGCAAGCCCUCCGACCAGUACAAGGCUUGA